UUCGCACGUUGGGUCAUUAGUUUUUUGAGUACAUUUGUACAGUUCCUUAGAGUGUCUACGACACGUUGGUUUACCUCGCAUUAAGGUAUUUUGGUAACUCCACGGAUCCUCCACCUUCUCGAUAUUUCUGGCGAUUGUGAGAAGGGUUCGCGCGACCAUUACGGGAUUACUUCGGAGCCUCCACCGCGGUGGACACUUCCCGUUGCGAUAUCUCACAUAUUGCAAAUGUCGUGCCUCGGUGCGACAAAAGACGUUACUGUCGCGGUCACGACUCCGUGCGAGUCUCAGUUCUCAACGAGAACUCAGUCGCGGCCGCAGUAUUAACGCGAGCCACGCUCACCUCUAAGUCGACACAAGACUUAGGGCGGUAUUCAUAGUCGGAUCUUAUAUAUAAGAUUAUCUUAAGAACGAUCUUAAGAUGUCACCUAGGGUGCGUUCCGUUUCACGCAUUAAGCACAUUGAUCGCAUUAAAUGCGUUGCGCGCAUUGAUAUUGUUCCGUUUCGUAAAUGUGCAUGAUGCGUUUUUGGAAACGGAACGGUUUUCCAUGCGUUUGAUGCGAAUCCAAAAUGGAUGCUACAAGUAACCUUACAGGUGACAAGAUAUUAUCACCAUUAAUUUCAUUUUUCUUAAUAAACAACUUUGAAAAAGAAUGUAGUGAUUCAAAUAAUACUGAUGAUAGUGACAGUGAAGAUGAACUGCAAGAUAUUACAAAUGAAGAGUUGGAAUUGAUUUAUUUUUCAUUAAUGGUUGCUGAAACACGCGGAGAGACCGUGUUUAAUGAAAAAAUAGAUAAUUAUGUUGAGCGAGUUGUUCCUGGUUACUCUAGAACAAUAUUCAAAGAACAUUCUCGAAUGUUUCCUGAGACCUUUGAAAUAGUGCUAACAAUAAUUGGCCCAGGAUUACAUGCGAUAAAUGUAUCCUCUGGCAGAAAAUCAAUAUCAGAGAAAAAGCAACUACUUAUCGCUAUUUGGUUUAUGGCUACUCCUGAUUCUUAUAGAUCUAUAGCGACAAAAUUUGGCGUAGGCAAAGCAACUGCUUUUCGAGCAUUAAGACGUGUCACAUAUGCUCUCCACUGUGUUGCACCUCAAUUUAUUAUAUGGCCAAAAGAUCAGGUUGCCGUAAAUGUAAUAGAACAAUUCGAGAAAUCAUGCGGUUUUCCCAAUGUAAUCGGAGCUAUCGAUGGGACACAUAUUAAAAUCCGAGCUCCCUCUGUAGAUGCAAACUCGUACAUAAAUCGAAAGGGUUUUCAUUCUAUUAACGUACAAGUAGUAUGUGAUUCUUUUGGACGCUUUACACAUGUAUAUGCUGGACAGGUUGGAUCGGUCCAUGACUCUCGAGUUUUUCGAAAUUCUUCAAUAGCCCGUUUUGUUGAAUUUCCUGAAGAAUAUUUUCCAAGUAAUUCACAUAUUAUCGGAGAUGCCGCAUAUGGCAUUCAUCCUCACGUAAUGGUACCUUUUCGGGAUAAUGGACAUCUCACAGACCGGCAAAAAAAUUUUAAUUAUUGUUUGUCAUCCACGAGAAUGGCAGUUGAACGUACUAUAGGAUCCCUGAAAAUACGCUUUAGAAUACUUUUAGAUUGUUUGCCACUAACAAACACCAAAAAAGUUCCAGAAUUUAUUUUAGCAUGCUGUGUGUUAUAUAAUAUUUGCCUAAUUCAGAAUGAUGAAAUGCCCAUAGGUGUGCAACUUAGAUUGAAUGACGACGUUGGCCCUGCAUAUGCCGAUGGCAAUGCAAUAGAAUUAGGCAAAGAAAAACGAAUAACAAUCAUGAAUGCAUUACCAAUGAAAAUAUAAAUAAAAAUAUCGUGUAAUUAAAAUAAGAUAAAUAUAAAAACAUGUAAGAUUUUCAUAAACUGUAUUGAAUAUUUUGUCCAUUUCCUGAUGUACAAGUAUAUAUACAAUUAUAACUAAAUUUCGUUAGUAUAUAACUGUACUUAUUAGAGUAGUAGUAUGUAAUUUUAGUAGUAUUAUAAAUUUGUAUAGAGUUUUAAUAAAUAAGGUUAUAAAAGAUGAA